AUCAAACCGUCUUCUUCAGUCUUCAUCAUAAUAGGACUCCAUUGGGAUCUUCAGCAAGCUAUUCUCGCGGCAAAAUUUUCCAACUUUUGGAAGGGCGUAAUUGGGUUUUUGUGUAGAAGCUAAAGCGGAGAUGAGCAAGAGACCGCCGCCUGAUCCGGUGGCUGUUCUUAGAGGACACCGUCACUCUGUUAUGGACGUUUCGUUCCAUCCAUCAAAGUCUCUGCUUUUCACUGGUUCAGCUGAUGGAGAGUUGAGGAUUUGGGAUACCAUUCAGAACCGUACAGUUUCUUCUGCCUGGGCUCAUAGUAGAGCAAAUGGGGUUUUAGCUGUAGCAGCUACUCCCUGGUUAGGAGAGAACAAGGUUAUCAGUCAGGGAAGAGAUGGAACUGUCAAGUGUUGGGAUAUUGAAGAUGGUGGUCUAUCAAGGCUUGGCAGGGAUCCUUUACUAGUACUCAAUACAAGCACCUAUCAUUUUUGCAAGUUCUCUCUUGUUAAGAAGCCUAAGGCUUCUCUCAAAGAAGCUGAAGGUCACUCCAAGAAUUGCGAUGAGCAGGAGGACGUUGAAGACAAGCGUACUGUUCAAUGUACAGAUGAUACUGAAGGGUCUGUGGGGGAUUCUGGUUUGCCUCAAGAUGGAGAUCAUACUGAAAGUGCCACUUACGUAGCAGUAGCAGGGGAGGAACCUACUGAGGUAGAGAUAUGGGAUCUGAAUACCGGAGACAAGAUCAUGCAGCUUCCUCAAGGUAGCCCUGAUGAAUCCGCCAGUGCUUCUACCAAAGAAAGAGGAAUGUGUAUGGCAGUUCAAUUAUUUUGUCCUCCUGAAUCACAGGGUUUCUUACAUGUCUUAGCUGGUUAUGAGGAUGGGUCAACACUGCUUUGGGAUGUACGCAAUGCGAAGAUUCCUCUAACAAGUGUGAAAUUUCAUUCAGAGCCAGUUCUAAGUCUCUGUGUUGCAUCAUCAUGCGAUGGAGGUAUCUCAGGAGGGGCAGAUGACAAAAUUGUUAUGUAUAAUAUCAACCAUUCAACUGGUUCUUUAACACUUAGGAAAGAGAUUGUUUUGGAAAGGCCAGGCAUCUCGGGCACCUCAAUCCGACCUGAUGGGAAGAUUGCAGCCACAGCUGGUUGGGAUCACAGAGUAAGGGUGUACAAUUAUCGCAAAGGAAGUCCUCUAGCUAUACUAAAGUACCACGGAGCAACGUGCAACGCCGUGUCCUACUCUCCAGACUGUGAGCUAAUGGCGUCUGCAUCCGAGGAUGCAACUGUUGCUCUCUGGAAACUCUAUCCUCCCCAAAAAUCUCUCUGAUCGGGUUUGGUUUUGUUUUGUUUCUUUCCUUUAAUUUUUUUGUAAAUACGUUAUGUCAUCAUCAAAAGAACAAACACAAUAUUAGAGAGCAUUUAUCUACCUGGUUUGCUUUGGUGUGAGA